AUGAACACCAAAUACACUGAAGAAUUGAUUGCUACUGCUAAAGCUAUUGUUGCAAAUGGUAAAGGUAUUUUGGCAGCUGAUGAAAGUACAGGUACCAUUGGAAACCGUUUCCAAAAGAUUAAUUUGGAAAACACUGAAGAAAAUAGACGUCAAUACCGUGACUUGUUGAUCCACACUGACGGCGAUAUUACCAAGUACAUUGGCGGUAUUAUCCUCUACGAAGAGACCCUUUUCCAAAAGGACGACAAUGGCACCCCAUUUGCCGAAGUCCUCAAGAAGAAGGGCAUCCAAAUCGGUAUCAAGGUUGACAAGGGUACCGUCAACAUUCCACAGACUGACAGCGAGACUGCCACCCAAGGUUUGGACGGUCUCGGUGAGCGUUGCAAGAAAUACUACGAAGCUGGUGCUCGUUUUGCCAAGUGGAGAGCUGUCCUCAAGAUCGACGUUGCCAAGCACCAACCAAGCAACCUUUCCAUCCUCGAGACUGCCCACUCACUCGCCCGUUAUGCCGCCAUCUGCCAAGAGAAUGGUUUGGUGCCAAUUGUCGAGCCAGAAAUCUUGAGUGACGGUAGCCACUCGAUUCAAGACACUGCCGAUGCCACCGAGCGUGUUUUGGCCGCCGUCUUUAAGGCUCUCUCUGACCACAAGGUCUUGCUCGAGGGUGCUCUCCUCAAGCCAAACAUGGUCCUUGCCGGUUCAAGCGGUAAGGCUGCCGAUCCAAAGGAAGUAGCCUACCUCACAGUACGUACCCUCCAACGUACCGUCCCACCUGCUCUCCCAGGUGUCGUCUUCCUCUCUGGUGGUCAAACCGAGCUCGAAGCCACUGCCAACCUCAAUGCCAUCAACCAAGAGCCAAACCGUCCAUGGGCUCUCUCCUUUUCAUACGGUCGUGCUCUCCAAUCCUCCAUCAUCAAGACCUGGAACGGUAAAAAGGAAAACUUUGAAGCCGCUCGUAAGGUCUACCUCCACCGUGCUCUCUGUAACUCUCUCGCCGUCCUCGGUAAAUACCCAGGUGAAGAAGCUACUGCUCUCAACUCUGAAAGUUUAUAUGUUGCCAAUUACAAAUAUUAA